AGCACGCAGAGCCAAGGGCAGAGGUUUUGCAACUGGAUGCGUGGGGCCUGUUGAGCUGGGCCGAGCAGUGCCCGCCUCUGUGGGCAUGCCCCAUUGCAGGCAGCUGUGAGUGCGCCCGGGUGUGCCCCGCACAGGCGGAGGGCUGAGGAGUCCCAGCCUCACCGUAAGCAGCAGGGACUCUGCAGGCCCGCGCCCCUGGGGGUGUUGGCGUUCUGCACUCUUCCCAGGCACAGCGCUGCUCGGCAACCUUUGAGGCUGCUUCCUGGCGGAGCUUGACAGGCCCAGGCGCUGACGGAGCCAGCCGUGGGUGCCCCAGCUGACUGGGUAGAGACGGCCACAUUCCAGCUCCGGGCUGGCCACGAAGCCAGAUCGUGUUCCCACAGGGACUGGCAGGCCCAGCCGAGCCGGCCGGCGCUGAAGGGCGGAUCCUCCUCCCCGUGAGAGGCCAGAGGCAGAGGAGAUGGAGGAGCAGGUGUUCAAGGGCGACCCGGACACCCCCCAUUCCAUUUCCUUCUCGGGCAGCGGAUUCCUGUCCUACUACCAGGCCGGGGCGGUGGACGCCCUGCGAGACCUGGCCCCCCGCAUGCUGGACACGGCCCACCGCUUCGCGGGGACCUCGGCAGGGGCGGUGAUCGCAGCCCUGGUCAUCUGUGGGAUCGAGAUGGAAGAGUACCUCCGCGUGCUGAACCUGGGCCUGGCCGAGGUGAAGAAGUACUUCCUGGGGCCCUUCUCGCCGUCCUGCAGAAUGGUGCGCAUGAUGCGCCAGUUCCUAUACAGCACGCUGCCCGAGGAUGCCUACAAGUUCACCACGGGGAGGCUGCACGUGGGCCUCACCCGCUUCGAGGACGGCGAGAGCGUGGUGGUGUCCGAGUUCACGUCCAAGGAGGAGCUCAUCGAGGCGCUGUAUUGCAGCUGCUUUGUCCCCGUGUACUGCGGCUUCAUCCCCCCGACGUACCGAGGCGUGAGGUACAUCGACGGGGGCUUCACCAGCAUGCAGCCCUGCUCCUUCUGGACGGACUCCCUCACCAUCUCCACCUUCAGCGGGCAGCAGGACAUCUGCCCCCGGGACUGCCCCGCCAUCUUCCACGACUUCCGCAUAUUCAACUACUCCUUCCAGUUCUCCCUGGAGAACAUCACCCGCAUGACCCACGCCCUGUUCCCCCCGGACCUGGUGAUCCUGCAGGAUUACUACUACCGGGGCUACGAGGAUGCCGUUGCCUACCUGAGGCGGCUGAACGCUGCGUACCUCGACUCCCCCUCCAAGAGAGUGAUCUUCCCGCGCGUGGAGGUGUACUCCCGGAUCGAGCUGGCGCUGGGCCAUGAGUGCCCCGAGCGCAGCCGGCUGUGUCCCCGGAGGUCCUGGGCCCGGCCGGAGGAGCCCACUCCGCCCCACGUCCAGGGGGCCGGGAGGGGCAGCCGCCCACCUGCGCCCCCACCCGUGCACACGCUUCAACCCACGCCCGAGGGGCCCGUGCAGUCGCCCGUCCCCCGGCCUGCCUCUUCGCCUCUGUCUCUUGCUGCACCGCCGCCGGCCUCAACACUGCCGCAUCCUCCGGGUGACUUGGCACCCGGGCACUUCACCGCCGGCUCCACACCCGGCUCAUCGCCGCCUGGUGCACCCGCCGGGCGGCCCCCUGUGUCACCUCGGCCGCAGGUCGGAGCCCCACCCAGUACAUUCACACCUCCAAGGCCCUCAGCUGUCCCUGUACCUCCAGCAGCAUCACCCGCUCGGCCACCCCUGGAGGUGCUAGGCCCAGCGCAGCCCCAAGCUCUCCUGGCCUCUUCAAAUCCCAGAAGUGCCACGGCUCUGACGAACGUGAAGGAACCGGUCAGCAGGUCCCACGCCGUGGAGAGCACGGCCGCAGACUCGAACUGGGUCAGCAAAGUGUUCAAGAGGAACAAACAGAAGACAAGCAGCGCCCGGAAAGGCUUCUCCAGACCUCCCCGAUCCAAAAAGCCGAGCAGCAAAGCACAGUCCACGCCCUGCGCACCCGACCUCCCUCCGCUCUCCGCCCCCGGGGCCGUGUGGAUCACCUACAGGCCGCACCCCAGCCGGAGCCAGGAGAACAGCGGCCCUGAGGAAGCUGUGAGCCGAGAGAGAAAACCUGAGCUGGACCAGGAGAGAAUGUGAGUGGACCCGAGCGCUGGGGACCCGAGGACCAGAGGACGCACGGACCGGUGUCCCCCUGCGGCUCGCAGUCAGACCCAAGCCCAGGCCUGGGAGGGGGACGCCCGCCACCACCCUGACACUGCCUAGGUCUCAGCUCCCAGAGCAGCUCGCGUCACACAGCCCCUCCGCUUCCCGAGCCCACUGGCGUCCGGAGGCCCCAGCCCACCCGGCCAGGUUUGCCUCCUCCUCGGGACCAGCCCGGGGGGCAAACUUCAGGGCUCCAGCAGGACUGAGCCAAAGACUCCCUUUGGCGCUCCCCGUGGUGUCCACAGACCAAGUUCCUCUUUUAUUUUGAUUUUUAUUCUCUCGGGGUGCCCACGGGUCUGCCUGGAACCGCCGGCGUGGGCCUGGCACACAGCCUGGGCCUCGGGGUCCGCCGAAGCCCCCAGGCUUCCACAGUGUGGGGGCCUCUCGCCUGGCUUGGACUUCUGGAGUCUUGUGUGCUUGUGGAAAACAAGCUGUCAGAGCGGCAGGACCCCAGGUAUCCCCUCCAGGCGCUGGUGCGAGCACACUGUCUGCUGUCCACACCCCAGUGAAAAUGGCCUGGGAGAAAGACACCCUCAGCCUCAUUUCUCCAGCCCGUGCAGGAAGAGAGGCGCCCCCAGCUCCCCAGAGGGAGGCCGAGGAGCCCGGGCUCCGCACAGCAGCUGCAUUUGCUGAACAAACCCUGGGAUGCAAAACCCUCUGCACAGAUGGGCGAACGUGCAGCGCAGACUUGGGAGCCCGAGGGGGGCAGGCGCGGCUUGAAGCCGAGCUGGGGGGGGUCCGCUGUGUGCAGGGCCAUCGCAGCGGACAAAACGGACCUGGAGAGGGAGGCGCAGAGGCCUUGCGUUCCUGUCUCUCCGAGUCUGAGCCAGACCAGCGAGGAGGGCGCUUGAAGGUUUUCGUGGUAGGGACAACACAGGACCCUGGGGUGGCCCCCGGGUGCAGACCUUUCAUCCCUGAGGCCCGGAAUCCACCCGAGGGAGAAAGGGAUUCUGUCUUAUUCCUGGGCAGCCGGGGGAAUCGAACUCACUAAUAACUGUUGCCUUCGGGCAGAACCUGCACGCUUUCACUGUCAGUUCUGUUACGAGGAUCAAUAAAUCCCCUGCGGUUGUCU